AUCAAAUUAGGUGUAAAUAAAAAAACAAAUCAAAAUAAUAUGGCAGAUACGCCAAAGAUAUCACAAGACACACCUAAAAUUCAACAACUUCGUUCUUAUUUAAAUCUUAGAGCUCGAAUUAAAAUUUCAGAUGGUCGUAUAUUUAAUGGAACUUUUAUGUGCAUAGACAAAUAUAAAAAUAUAAUUUUAUCACAAACAGAAGAGUUUCGAAAUG